CCACAGUCGCUACAUAACCAUGUGCUACGACAGAGUCGCCGAAUUUGGCUCCAUUUAGAUUUGUAGUGGAUCUCUAGUUUUUGUAAAUACAAUGAAUCCUGGUCGAGACGCGAUUCUGAGCCUCUAUCGGAAUUUAAUCCGAGAAAGCAAGAAGUGGAACUCGUACAAUUAUAGAAUGUAUGCACUGCGAAAAGUACGACACGAGUUCAAGGAGAACAAGGCGUUGGAGGAUAAAGAGAAGGUUAGGCAGUGUUACACGAAAGGGCAGGAGGCGCUAACAAUGAUCAAGAAACAGGUCAUAUUAGGCAAUCUCUACAGCACUAGGCAUUUGGUGAUUGAAACCAAAAGCAAACUAGUAAAAUAGUAAAAUAGAAGUACAAUUGCGGUUUACCUUUAAUUUAAUAUCGCAUCAGCUUUUACCUUUAAUACUGCGAGACAGGCUGAUAUUAGGAUGUAAUAAUUAAUGCGAGCGUAUCAAAGACACAUCUGUCGAAGACAUCAUUUAAAACUCUGUGAUUGUUUGAUAAUUUCUUCAUAUAUCGGUGCAAAAUAAAAUUCAGUAGUUCCCGCAGCAAAAUUUCAUUUAUAUGACACCAUGUAUAUCUUGAAGUAUUUUUGUAUUUAUAUAUGUUGUACAUAUGAUUAGGUACUGUAUAAUGCUUUUCAAAUUGUUAAAUAAGAAAUAAAAUUUUGCUAAUAUAGUAA